CAGCAGGGCGAGGCGCAGCCGUAUCUCGAACAAGCCUUAUACCUCACUGUCUGAGACGAAAGCUGUGUGACCUGUUCAGUUCCUCUCUGAAUCCGCCAUGGAGAUAGGAGCUGCUGGAACUCUGGCCGCUGGUUUCUCUGUAUUUGCUGGGAUCUUCGGCUUGCUGUAUUUGGGUCUGGUGUAUUUCGAGGCGAGAAGAGCGGAGAUUCCUCCUGGAGUUUCAAAUCGAAAGAAACUAUGCGCUCUGCAUUAUUCUAUCGUGGGAAUGGAAGUUGGGUGCCAAAUAUUGGAGCAUCUUGGUGUGUGCAGUCAGUUGACGGUAUUUCGCCUUCUGGCAAACUAUAUGAACCACAAAACACCAGUGGCCCCGCCUGGUCUUCGUAUUAAAGACAUGACGUUCGGCGGUGUGCCCGUGAGAGUGUAUGAGCCUACAGCUCCCUCAGACCAGAAGAGGAGGGGAAUGAUGUAUUUUCACGGAGGAGGAUGGGUGCUGGGAAAUAUCACAAUGUACGAUGAAGUUUGCAAACACAUUGCAAAAGAGAGUGACACCACAAUCGUGUCUGUUGGUUACAGACUUGCUCCUGAGCACAGGUUCCCUGCUCACCUGGACGACUGUGAGGCCGCCACCCUGCACUUCUUUUCAGUGGCAGAGGCUGAGUUUGGGGUGGAUCCUCACAGGGUGGUGCUGGGUGGAGACAGCGCUGGGGGAAACCUGUCAGCAGCUCUCAGCCAGAGACUGGCGAAAAAACGGACUGGAGACGUGCCAUCCCCUCUCGCUCUGGUCCUCAUCUACCCUGCCCUCCAAAUGGCAGAUUUUACCCUGCCGUCCUACCUGCAGAACCAAUCUGUGCCCCUGCUGUAUCGGGACAAGGCUGCCUACUAUAUCCUCCAGUAUCUGAAUGGAGACAUGUCUGUGUGCCAGGAGGUUCUGGCAGGGAGGCACGUUCCAGCCGAGCUAAAGGCCCACUACAGCAAGUGGCUCGACCCGGCUAAUCUACCUCCUGAAUUCAGAGAGAGAAGCUACCAAAAACCUGAGCAGGUAGUUACAACCCCCGACACAGAAGUAUACCAAAUCAUCAAAGACGGACUACAGCCGGAAUUCUCUCCUUUGUUGGCUGAGGAUGAGGAUCUCCGCCUCACGCCGUCCACCUUCAUCCUGACCUGUGAGUACGACGUGCUGAGAGACGAUGGGAUCCUGUUCCAGAAGAGGCUUAAGGACCUUGGCGUGGAUGUCACCUGGCACCACGUCUCUGACUGCUUUCAUGGAGCACUCAGCUUUUUCAACAACAGCAUAUUGAACUUUUCAGCUGGUGAUAAGGCAAUGGGAAACAUCGUAAACUACAUUAAGAGUGUCUGAAGUGAUUUUAUUUUUUUUGUAUUAUACAUGACAUUGAGAAAACUAUUAUAUACAUCUGAAAAAAUAUUUCUAAAUUAGUAAUGAACAUUUUUAUGCAUUUUAUAAUGCAAAAUAACCUUACUGUAUAUCCUUCCUAAAAAUCUGUACAUUUAUUUGUUUGUUUUUAUCAAUUUUCAUUAUGUGAUGCGUCUGCAUCUACUGACAGCAUGGAUUUAUCCAGAGCGAAAGCUGCACCUAAAAUGAAUUUCCCGCCUGCAACUUAAUUGAAUACAGAGAAUUCACAGACGAGUAAGGUCUGCAUCUAUCAGCCUGGUCAAUAUUUAUAGUACAUACUUUAUAUAUUACUCAGCUCACAUGUGCUGGCAUUACUAUCGUCAUUUACAUCUUCCAAAAUCACCACCAGACCACCGCACUCGCAGCAAUGGGCAAACAUAGCCCACGCGUUUAGUAAACCACGACCAUGCUGGAAGGGUUAAGCCGUACAGAAGAGACACCUUCGCUUUUCGUCUCUGCAGGGACUGCUUAUUUACCACUCACUGCUUAUUUUGCCAAUAAAACGGAUACUUACACUAAGAUUAUUAAUAAUAAUUAUAAGGAUAAUCAGCAGAUUAAUACAAAAUAAAGCUUAUCUGAAAACACAGAUUAAAAAGGACUCCUCCACAAACCAACUACAGUACUAAAAACCUGCUUCUACAAUUAUAAUAAUAAUCUUAAGAUAAAAUGUGAAUAUUUUAUUUCUUAUACUUUUGAUGUGAAAAGAUCUUUUCAUGAUUAUGCUUACAUAAUUUUACUGAAAAUUUUAAGUGCAGGUGCUUCACUUUAAAUAGAUUACUUUUACUUACAAACUCUAUAGAGUUUAUAUGUCAAUACCGCAGGAAUGUGUCUCAACAUCAGCUGCCUCACAGCCUGUUUUUCGGAUCUCACUAACUGUUAAUAUAUAUAUAAUAAUACAAUAUUUUAAUAAGAACAACAGUAAUCCAGCUAGAGCUUAGAUUGGGCAAGAAAUCCAGCCUGACUCUGCCCGCCCUCAUAAACUGUAAUUAAGAUCGCAGAUCUUAUUUAAACUCCAUAUUUUUAGUAAGUAAUGUUACAGCAAUAAAACUGAGCUUUUACUUAAAUUCACAAAUAGUUGGAAAGAAUGAAAUCUGUAUUAAUGAUGUUAAUAAACAGUAAGCGCUUAUCAGUUUCACCGCAGCGAGGGAGGAGGACGUGAAUCACUUAUCUACCCUGCCUGUACUGAUUUCUUCCCCCAAUAACACUUUCAAUAACCUCCAAUAGCCUUUAAUAGUCUGCAGUAGCCUUUAACCUGGCGGCCGUGUCCACUAAACUCUGUAGUUAUAAACGUAGUUAUAAAGGUGAAAAACUGAAAAACGCUCCAGACUGGCUGAGCUUAGCCCUGUAGCCCGUGGCUGGGCUGUAGCACUGAGUGGUUAGAGAAGACAGCAGGGCUCAUGCUGCUGCUGCAGCUCCGCCUAGUGGUUGGAUGAGGAACUGCAGCUUUCUGUGAUUGAGAAGUUUCACCGGUAAUCCACACACAGCUCUGAUAAACUGCUUAACCCUAAACUACUGAAUCGGAUCAGCUAAAAUCAGUGGAAUAUCGUCUGAUCGCAGAUACCGUAUUUUGGUUGAAAAUCGGCCGAUGCUGAUACACUGCCGAUCGAUCGUCCUAUCUCUAAAUUAUAGAAUAUUUGACUAUAAUAUUUUAGCACUUUUGUUUGUUGUUAUUGCUAAAUGCAAUUGCAGCAGUUUCAAUGUAUACGAAGUUGCCAUUUGCUUCUUUUUUUGUUGUAAAACAAACCCGCAUUGUGACGAAAAAAAAAAAAAAAAAAAAAAAAAAAGGUAAGAACCGACAACAGAAAAAGUGGCCAAAAAAAUAAAACUGAUUUCAUAGGUGCCACAUUAGCAUCAGCAUCAGAUUUCUGAAGAAAGUUCUGCUCUGGUGUCUGCACUCUGUUGCAAAGCACCAAUGUUUCCUGAUUCUGAGAUUGUUCAGCAUAUUCCAGGAUAAGAUUGGCUCAUCAAAUAGGAUGCAUUUUUUAUUUGUACAAAACUACGAAAACCAAACAGCUGGACCUUCAUGCUUCCUUAUUGGAAAUAUAGCUGGGUUGCAGUUUAAGUAAGUAAUAAGUGAUCAAGUUCCUUAACUAUCUUUUUUCAGCAGAGUUUGACUAUGUGCUGUACAAGUAUUUGUUGAAUAGAGUUUUGGUUUAGUAGACUUGUAAAUAUUAUGAAAUAUUAAUGAUUAGCUUUAUAUCAAACAAGAUCCUCUUACAUCUUACAGUCUAUUUAACAAGAUUUGUGAUGAACAAACCACUUUAUUUAAGCUAGGAUUUUGAAUUAAUAUGCCAUAUAAAGAAAUGGGCAAUUACUGGGUAAAGUCAGUCUAAAAAUCUGAGUCUUCUUAAAUUUCUCCCUGAGUGGUACUGAAAAAGUCUUACAUUUAACUUCUUACUAAUGAUAAAAUUACUCCAGAAAUCCUCCCUUUAAACUUUAAAAAGACAUCUUAAAAAAUCUCAUUGUAAGAUGAAUCUAUAAAAAAUUAAUAAAGACCUUUAAUAAAUUCA